AUGGAACCUCAGUAUUCUGGAGGCAUGGUUCUAAAUCCAGAACUGGAACAUGGACUCAAGGGCUGGACACCCUUUGGAGAUGCAAAAUUAGAACAACAAGAAUCUGAGGAUGGAAACAAAUACAUUGUUGCUUCAGACAGAAGUGGACACCGUGACAGUUUUUCACAAAAGUUUCACUUAGAAGAGGAAAAACUUUAUGUCUUAUCUGCUUGGUUACAGGUAAGCCAUGGACAGGCUCACAUUGCUGCAAUAUUCAAGACAAGAACUGGGGACCGGCCUGCUGGAUGGGUUAUGGCUCGACAGGGCUGCUGGUCGAUGCUCAAGGGUGGCAUAGUUGUCGAUGCUUCCGGUCUGGUUGAACUCUUUUUUCAGGUUGAACGGUGGGAGGUGAGCAGACUAGCCGGCGCAGGUGGCGGCGCUGCAGCUGCAACUGCUGAAACACAGAAAAUAGAGCUGAUGAUGAGAUCACAGGGGGUUCGGGAAACUUCCAACAAAUAUUCAAUGCGACCCAACAAACCUAAUCGCAAGAAACCUCAACUAAGGAAUAUAGCAGAUUUCUACUUUCUCGCGUGUUGUACUAUUUCUCAGGCCGUACAAAGGUUUGUGGCUAUGCUUGUUGAUCUCCUUUAUUGUCGAAAAGAAUCAUUUGCAGUUGAGAAGAGAACAGUGCAUAUCUUAGCAUGUCGUGCCAUUGGCAUUUGCAUCGUGUUUUAA